CUCUUCCAAAUUUCUUCACACUUCAUUUCAUUCCUCAAUCUCUCUCAUUCAGAGUUUCGCGUUCAACUGGUUUGUUCUUCUUCCCUUUCAUUUCCAAAUUCUUUUUCUGCUUUCACGUCGAAGCUCGAUUUCUUUUUUCACGAAUUCGUCUUUUUCUUGUAUUGCCUUGGGAAAAGGAAAAAAAAAAGGAACUUGAUUUAUUGGGGGUUUUGGGNAUGGGUGUGUGCAGGAGUCAUGAUGAAAUUUUCAAACUUUUUGGUUUCUUGUUGUGGAAGAACAUUGUAACUUAAAGUUCAUUCAGGGUUCCGUCAGUAACGACUGAAUUUACUAACUUUGUUGCCUGAAUUUCCUUGUUUUUGUGCAAAUGGGGCUCCUANAAUCAAGUCUACAAUGCCAGGAAAGCCUAAUUCGGAUCCGCGUACACUCUCAUGUGUUCCAGUCUCCGAGACUGAAGAAAAACUGGAUUCUCUGAAUCACGAAGAAUUGGAUGGUAAGAAUCACGAAGAACUAGAUUCCAAGAAUCACAAAGAACGUUCCGGUAAUCACGAAAAAGGUUCCAUGAAUCACGAAGAAGAAGGUUCCAAGAAUCACGAGGAGAAAGAUUUCAAGACUCGCGAAGAAGAUUCCAAGAACCACGUUGGGGAAGAUUCCAAGACUCGCGAAGAAGGUUCCAAGAAUCCCNUAGAAGAAGAUUCCAAGGAUCACGAAGAAGAAGGUUCUAAGAAAGAAGUAGAAGAAAGUUCAAAGAAUUAUGAAGAAGAAGGUUCCAACAAUAACAAGGAGGAAAAUCCCAAGACUCGCGAAGAAGAUUCCAAGAACCAUGAAGAGAAAGAUUCCAAGAACCUCGAAGAGAAAGACUCCAAGAACCACGAAGAAGAGGAUUCCAAGGAUCACGAANAAAUUGAUUCCAAGAAACACANAAAGAGUUAUUCCAAGAAGCACGAAAAAAAAGAUAUCAAGAAAAAGCUAAAAGUUCCGAUGGUUCCGAUGGUUGAGAGCAUUAUUCAAGCUCGUGUCAGAAAACUUACCGAGUCUUUGCGUCAAGAGGAGCUCGACCGACAAGCUUGGGUUUCUGCACAUAUGGCAGAGUGGCUUGAGGCAGAAGCUAACAUGGAUAUUCAAUAUCUAAAGAAGUCAUUUCCUGAUAUUUCUCAACAAUCCCUUAGAGAUGUAUACCUUGUCAACUGUGGUGAUCUGGAAGAUACCAUGGACAUGCUCAGCCUGCUUGAGAGUAAUGACUUGGGGCCUUCUGAAAUACCCGAUAGGGAUGAUCCUUCAGAACUUGUGCCGGCAGAUGAUGAUUCUACUUCACCAAAAGAGAAGCAACCUGAAAAAUAAGCAAGUACUUCGCUAAAUCUCAAUAAAGCAAUCAGCAAGUGUAAAUGUAGGAAAGUUUAUCUUUGACAGCAGACAUCUAUAGUUUCUUUUGUUUGUUUACUUCUAAGCUGUUUGAAUAUUAUUUUGCUUUUGGUGGCGAAAGUGUUAUAUUUUGCACUUUUCUUUGUGAAAUACUUUUGAGGUCUCGCUUUGGAGAUAGUAUAAUAAAAGUCACGAAGUUGCAAUGCAAUUCA